GGAGGAAGAGGGAGGAGGUGGGGAACAUCCGGAGCCCUCCCUCGUCCCCAGGAGCCAAGGUGGGAGUGGGCGGCGGCCCUGCCCUGCCUGGCCCUGCCCGGCCAGUCCCCGAGUGCCCGCUCGCCGGGAAGGAGCCCUGGCCAAGCCUUUUGUCCGCCAAGCCAGCAUCCCCACCUUCUUCGCCCGCAAUGUGUGCCAGGGGACGUUAGGGCCGGGACACGGCUGCAACCCGGAGGGGAGGCGGACUGCUCCAUUUUCUUCUUCUAUUUUCAGGUUUUUUUGUGUGUGAGCAGGGAGUUUGAUCCGUUUUUUAAUUGAAUGCCUUCGGCCCGGUAUGCCUUGAUCGAGCUGCCCGUCCUCACUCGGCCGGCCCUCCGACGCCCCCACACUCCCUUUUCCAGCCGAUCGCCUCCCCCCGCCUCUCCCUUUGUGAUUUCGGGGCGGGGAGACCACCGAGAUAACCCUCCCUCUCCCCCCCACCUCCUGCAAAGAGAGAAGGGACGGCGCCCAUCGCAUCCCCCCCCCGGCCCCCAAUCCGGGCAUGCUCUCUGCUUGAGAAGGAGGAAGCCGGCGAGCACUGUGUGGCCGCCGCCGGGGUUUCCUGGGUCGGCGUGAGAGCCGGCUUAUGUGACCCCAGCCCCUCGCCCAUUCCCGCCCGUGCUCGGGUGGGGGAGAAGAGCGGGGUUGCCCGGGGGGGGGGACUUUUUUCCCCCCCACUUCCCCCCUCGCCUCCUCCCCCGGGAUCCGUCUUCGCAGCGUGCACCGUGCAGACCGCGGCCGCCCUCGCCCUCUCCGAGGUUUCGCAGCCUUGCAGCCCGGCGGCAGGAAUAUGCUCUUGAAGGAGUACCGGAUCUGCAUGCCUCUGACCGUGGAAGAGUACAAGAUAGGACAGCUGUACAUGAUCAGCAAGCACAGCCAUGAGCAGAGCGACCGUGGCGAAGGGGUGGAGGUCGUCCAGAACGAGCCCUUUGAAGACCCGAACCAUGGCAACGGCCAGUUCACGGAGAAGCGGGUUUAUCUCAACAGCAAAUUACCUAGCUGGGCAAGAGCUGUUGUCCCGAAAAUAUUUUAUGUUACGGAGAAGGCUUGGAACUACUAUCCAUACACGAUCACAGAAUACACAUGCUCAUUUCUCCCGAAAUUCUCCAUACACAUAGAGACCAAGUAUGAGGACAACAAAGGAAGCAACGAUAGCAUUUUUGACAGUGAAGCCAAAGACCUGGAAAGAGAAGUUUGCUUUAUUGACAUCGCUAGUGACGAAAUUCCCGAACGUUACUACAAGGAGUCUGAGGAUCCCAAACACUUCAAAUCCGAGAAGACGGGGAGAGGACAGUUAAGGGAAGGCUGGAGAGACAAUCAUCAGCCCAUCAUGUGUUCCUAUAAACUGGUGACCGUGAAAUUUGAAGUCUGGGGACUUCAAACGAGAGUAGAACAAUUUGUGCACAAGGUAGUCCGAGAUAUUCUGCUCAUCGGGCACCGGCAAGCUUUUGCGUGGGUGGAUGAAUGGUAUGACAUGACGAUGGACGAAGUUCGAGAGUUUGAACGAGCAACUCAGGAAGCCACCAACAAGAAAAUCGGAGUUUUCCCGCCUGCAAUUUCUAUCUCUAGCAUCUCCCUGCUGCCUUCUUCAAUCCGCAGUGCCCCUUCCAGCGCCCCAUCAACACCUCUCUCCACGGACGCCCCCGAGUUCCUGACGGUCCCCAAGGAUCGACCCCGGAAAAAGUCUGCUCCAGAAACUCUCACUCUCCCAGACCCCGGCAAAAGUUCUACCCAGAAUUUACCCAGCGUGCGUUCUUCAGACAAGCAUUGCCGGCCCAAACAAGAGUAAUACCAUUCCACGUAUCCCUGAGCCACUUGGUUCGUUCUCUGUCGGGGUUUUCAUUUUUGUUUCUUAUAAUUUUUCUGAUCUAGGAAAGGACUGCCACGUUAUUCAGACUCUUUCCUUCAGAUCUCUAAAUGGGUAUGUGCACGUGAGACAGUGUUUUCAUACGUAAUCUGAUUUCCAGAAUAAGCCAUGCAGCGCAACUUGUUACAUGUAAGCAAACCGUCUUGAGAUCGGAUUGUACAAGACCAACUGAAUCUUCCCUGUAGAAGUAGUAAUAAACCAUGAUGUAAAUCUA